AUGAGUGGUGAUCAAGUCCAAUCUCGUGUUGAACUUGAUCAAUCUGGUCGAUCAAUGUUUAUUCCUGGUAGUAAUCGAUUGCUUAUUUAUAACCCACCUAAUGUAUAUGAAUAUAAUUUACAAGGCGAUAAAAUUGCUUGGCAAGAUAUCUCUCAAACAAAAUCAGUUGAUGUUGGUAGACCCCAACGUAACCCCCAAACUACCGUCAACAUAUUCGACCUGAUCGAGUUUGUAGGUAUAGAAGAUUAUAGAAAGUACAGGGAAUUAAUCAAUGGAAUACUUGAAGAAGAAUCGACUGCUAAAGAUUGGAUACACUUCAGAUAUAGAAAGAAGGAUAAAACACUCAUUCUCUUUCCUAUUUAUUUCUCCUCAGAAGCAAGGUGGAUAAUAACUAUUAACCUUACAACCGGAAUGAAGAGCGUUGAUCGACUGACAUGGAGUGAUUAUGCUGAUGUUGUGUAUGUUGAUGAUGAUUAUCUUUAUGUUUGGGAAAGAAGGGAAGAUGAUAGACGUAGCUUGAAAUGUUACAAGUUUGGGGAUGGUGAAUAUCAAUUACUGCAAAAUAUUGACUACCAAAGGAAGGAAGGAUUAAUG